UGUCAUCCCGGGAAAAGAUCGAUUUUGACAGCUCUUACUUGGUGUUCUUUCCGUGCUUGCCGUGAAGCACGCAAUAAUUCGCAAAUAAUAUUUUUUCAGCAAUCUAAACCAGAAAUCAAAUUGUAGAGUGAAGCAAUUUUAUUAUAUUUUUAUGUUUGCAUAAAAAGUGAGGAUUCAUGCAGUGUGAUAUGGCAGGCCUGGAAGAAUACGAACGGUAUUUGGAAGAUGAAGAGGACCAGUUAGAUAAUAUUCGAUUUCAUCCAACCUUCAAGUCACCGCUCGAGCCGCAGCAUUAUCAGUUCAUCAACUCGGAACGAGACCUAACGUUGCCGUUGACGAAGCACAAAAAUGUUCAGCCGAUUUACGAGAGCCCGGAAGAGGAAAUUUCCCUCCGGAAGUACUUGGGCGCCAGCGUAAACCUAAUCAGCUUGAUAACGGAGAACCUGCUGUGCCAUCCGUUCCUGGUGCUCCGGCGACAGUCUCAGGUCCAUCACACUUCGAGAAAGUAUCACAUCGUCCCGCUAACGCUCGUUCCGGUCAUAGUUCACCUGCAUCAGAGGCAGGGCGUGACCACGUUAUGGAAAGGCAUCGGAAGUAUCCUGCUGGUGCGUGGAAUGACCCUGGCCGUCGAGGAUGUCAUUUCCAAGUUUACUCCGUGGCCAAAAGAAGUAAAUUCCAAAACAACUCUUAAGCAAUUUGGACAGCACUUGCUGCUGAAAUGCAUCAGCUUGGCCACAAUUGUUCCAUUCUACUCGGCGUCCCUAGUUGAAACGGUGCAGAGUGAUAUUGCUAGUGAGAAGCCGGGAAUUUUUGACGUGUUCCGCGAGGGUGCGAGCCGGCUGCUGUCGUGGAGUGUCCCGCAAAAGGGACGCAUGCUUCCGAUUUGGGCACUGGUUGGUCCUAGCAUAUCGCUGGGCAUUUCCAAGUACAUUUGCCAGUUAUUUGUGCGUGGAAUUUCCACCCGCAUCAUGUGCCGCCGGGUGACGUUCUUCGAGGAGAAACGGGGAGCACGAACGGAUUUUGCCGCUCAAAGUCAAGUGAUCGAGGUGUACUCCACGAUGAUAUCGCUGAUGACGACGGAGAUCAUCUUUUAUCCGUUCGAAACCAUUCUGCACCGGAUUCAGCUGCAAGGCACGCGCACCAUCAUCGACAACCUGGACUCGGGAUACUCGGUGGUGCCGAUUCUGACCAGCUACGAGGGCGUCAUCGAUUGCUACCGCCAAACGAUUGCCACUGAGGGUGUUGCCGGCCUGUACAAGGGAUUUGGCGCGAUGCUGCUCCAGUUUGCCGCUCACGUGGCCGUUAUCAAGCUGGGCAAGUGGAUCAUAACGCAGAUUUCGGAAGUGAUGUCCAACAAGCCACCACCAAAGGUCGCCGAGUUUUACAAUCUGGACGCGAAAACGUCCGGCGGUUCGGUUAGCAUGUCACGCAGCAUCAGCGGAAUAAGUUCGCUCAGCGACGAAAUAUCGUAGUUCCGAAAGGAGCUGUUUUCUGUUGUUGGACUCCCGAACAAAGUGUUUUGUUAUGUGAAAGA